GAAAAUGUCACUGAAUUCAGAGUCCUGAGUAAAAAGUUAUUGCCAAAACAUCGAAGUUGCACUACGAGAGUGAAAAUAAAGCCCAUCAGCGAGGUAACUAAUUACCUAGCAGAAAAUACAAAAGAAAAGCACCUUUGGGCCAAAAAGAAGAGAUCUGCAGCUACAAAAGGAAAUCUAGGGAGGAAAAACAAAAAGGGGCCUAGCUCAGCGAGGAAAAAAAGAAGAAGAGUGUGCUGCCAGAAGAAAAAAAAUGGUUCAGCAGUAGGAGAAACUUCAUUCUAUUCGUUCUGCACUUUGUCAUUUUAGCAGCACUAGGGUUUAGCCGCAACAGCUUUGUUUCGUUCUUUGGAGAAACAUCCGAGCACCAACUAAAAGACCACCUCGGUUUUUCUUCCCACGAAUCAAAGCCGCACUGAAAACACCGACACCAGGGGAACGCAGCAGAAAAAGAAAAGAGGGGAUUAGGGCUGCGAGAAAAUCAGACCAGGGGCUGCCUUCUCUUCUCCACGCCAAGCAGCGGCGUCCAGCUGCAUCUCUGCUGCCACACCUCACAGAAAUAGCGCCCAAUCACAAGAUCAGUUCAUGCUCACCACAUCAAUCUCUACGGUUUUUUUAAUCAAACUUUAAACAUAGAUUUCUCUUAGUUUGUCAAUCUUUUUAUAUUCUGUUUGGAGCCUUGAUAAUUAUAUGUCAAUUGCAUUUGUUUAUUCCAAGAUUCAUUACAACUUAUUCAAUUUCCAUUUGCAAGAUUAAAUUCUCAAUUGCUUCGUUAGAUUAGGGAUCCGCUUUGUGCUAUUUUAGUUCUUUCUUGUGCUUCUGUUUGCAACCAGUUCACUUAUUAAUUAAUUAUGUUUAAUUUGAUUAGUUUAAUGAUUAAUUUGACUUGCAUCUAUUUUUUUUUAGUAGAUUAGUUGGUGUAAUGUCUAUCUCGGCUAUCUUUUAUUUAGUUUAUUUAGGUUAGUUUUAUUGCCUUAAUUAGAUUAUUUAGGUUAGUUUUAUUGCCUUAGUUAGAUUAUUGUUUUACUCGUUUUUUUAUUUCGCUGCUAUCCGUUCAUUUAAUUUUUUGGUUACUUAAUUUAAUCUUAUUGUCAUUAAAUUUAUUUUCCAAACGAGAUAGCUUGCUAAUGUCUACUGGAACUUGUGUCUAGCACUCUUUGAACUUACUUGACCUUCGCUACUCCUUGCGAAGAACGAUACUCGAGGUCGGCUCCUAUCGUACUUCGUUUUACUACCCCGAUCAAAUGAUGCCGUUGCCGGGGAGUAGCGCGUCAUUGUAAAUCCUAGUUGUUGCUAGCGUGAGUGGUGGGUAGGCGGGUGGGACUAUCUCACCCUUUUUUUUACUCUUUUCCUUUUAGUGCUUUGUUUGACAGAUCCAGGUAGUGCGUGCAAACACGAUCUCAAGGGACUGAAAGCUUGUUCCCAUUAAACCCAAAUCCUGAGAGUAUCCUGAGAAAAAGAAGAGCAGCAAACAUGGCCAACCACCCGCAAUGAGAAGUUUAUAUGACCAGAUUACCCCUCAGUUUCAAGAGGCAGAUGGUAUCACAAUGCUCGGAAUUGAAGCGGCUAACUAUAAGCUAUCUCAUGGGCUAAUCAAUCUAGCCCAAAGCAAUCAGUUCGGAGGCCUAAGACACGAAGAUUCAAGGAGCCACAUGCUAUGGUUCAAUCGACUCUGCAGGACUUCACGAAUAAAUGGAGUCACUGAAGCAGCCAAUAAACUUAUGUUGUUCCCAUUCACUCUGAGGGACAAGGCGCAACAUUGGCUUGACAGUCACACUUUUGCCACAUGGGAUGACAUGUACCAGGCAUUUAUGAAACAAUACUGCCCAGCAUCUUCUGGAAUCAAAGCAAAGGCAGCUCUCCAAAAUUCCAGGCAAGGGAGAAACGAGACAUUGUGUGAGGCCUGGGAGCGAUACAAGGAGCUUUGAUCUAAUUGUCCAGCCAAUAUCAUGGAAAGCAUGGACACAAUCUUCCACUUCUAUAAUGGAUUGUCCAUAGAGAGCAAGAAGGAGCUGGACUACUCGUCUGAAACAGGUUCAAUCCUAAGCCUGACAUCAGAAGAAGGUGAAGAACUGGUAGAGACUAUUGCGUCAAAUGAGAGGUACUGGUAUGAUGUGCGAAGUGAAAGAGCCCCACAGAAAGUGGGAUUAUAUGAGGUUGAUUCUAGUACAGCUGCUGCCGCAAAACUGGAUGCUCUUGUCCUAAAGUUUGAGUAACUCUAUGAAGCCCAGGCGCAGAACCAAUUCCCAACAGGUGGCCAGGGGAUGAACCAGAGGAGUGUCCGACAAAUCCCAACCCAGAAUCCAAUGAGAGACAUGGUGCUUUCGUGUGAUCAUUGUUUCGGAGCUCACCUAACCAAUUCAUGCCCUCAAUCCUUUGAAGAGCCUAUUUCACCUUAGGAAGUGAAUCUUAUGGAGUAUGGUAAGAAAGGAGAGGGUCCAUUAGCACCUCAAUACCAAGGAAACUAGAGGUGGAAAUGGUCCGGAACGAUCCCGUCCCGGUUUUAUAACAACGGUCCGGUUCGGUACGAGAUAAGUCUUUAUCCCAAUGUUGACCCAUUUAAAACGGGACCGGGACAACCCGAGAAAAACCGGGACGGUUCGGGAUGUCCCAUAAAAUAUGCAUUUGUGAAAUGUGAUAAAAAAAUAAGCAUAACAUCAAUAUAAAGAUGUAACUUUUUUUUUUGCAAAUUUAGCUUCCCCAAAAAAUUAAGUAAAACCUUUAAUUAACUAUUUUUAAUUUUCUCUUGUAAAUUUUUUUGGUUCUCUUAAUCUUGUGUUUCCUCUAGUAGAAUAGUAGCGCAAAAUAUUUCUAUACUUUGUAGUACACUUGUAAUUUUUCAAUACCACAUUAAAUUAAAUAUCUUAUCUAUAAAGACACUAUAUAUAUUCUAGUAGUUAUUUUGGAAAAUAUUAAAUUUAUAACAACACUAUAAUUUGGAGUAGUAGUUAUUCCAUCAUAAAUGGUAUUUCGCACGUAAUAAUAUAUUAUAGAUUAGUAAACAAAUUUUAAUCAAAAGAAACAAAAGAAAUGAGACUAAGAGAGACAUGAAAUAAGAUAAAUUUACACUAUGGAGACUAAGGACUAGAAAGUUUUAAUUGGGUUUGACUAUUACAUAGCAUUAGAAAUUUAAAAUAACAUAUUAAUUUCAAACGGGACACCAGGACAGGACAUGAUAUUUUAUAGCUAUCCCGGUCCCGUCCGUUUAACAUCGGUGCGGGACCGGUUCAGGAUGAAAAAAUUGCGUCUUAAAUGGAUCGAGAUAGUUUCGGAAUGGUAUCGGGAUUUUUCGGUUUGGGACAUCGGGACCGGGAUUUUCGCCCACCCCUAAAGGAAACUGGGGUGACUUUGCUGGCUACAACAACCAGAGGAAUAAUUUUCAGAGUGGUGCAAACCAGUGGAGAGAUAAUAACCGCCAAGGUGGGUACCAACGAGGCCAAGGAAGUGUUAGCAACCAGCCUUAUGUGCUCCCACAUAUCAGACAACAAGAUAAUUCAGCUCAUUCCCAACUAGAUUUGGUGCUUGCAGAGCUGAUACGGGCUAGAGAAGAAAGUGAACUAAAAGAUAAAAGGGCAAGAGAGGAAAAGAUAUUGAUGGAGCAGCAGUUGAGGAACCUUAAGUUGCAACAUGAGCAGCGAAUACGGGAACUAGAGAACCGACUCUUUGGAGGUCCCUCCGGGAGACAAUUUGGAAGCCUUCCUAGCACUACAGAGCCAAACCCAAGAGAGCAUCUGAAUGCAAUAAAUCUGCGCAUUGGGAACCAAGUUCCUAAACCAAUGGUGGAUGCCAAGGAGAGCCAAGCCCGUAAUGUUCCUAGCUGUCCAGGAAAGAGUGCAGAGCCAGUCAAAAGCCCAAAACCUAUUCAAAGACAGUCUGAAGAUGAGCUGGAGUUCAAUUCGGACCAGCCAGGCCAGCGAGAGGGUAAGGCAAUCAUCGAGCCGAAUACACUCCAACAAGAGGCCAAGAGGGCUAAUGCACCAGUUGUUCCAUUCCCUGCUCGUGUCAAGAAGGGCGAGGACCGCAAUAGAGAAUACAAGUUUAUGGAGAUGAUGCGCAAACUACGUGCGGAGAUGCCACUCACAGAAGUUCUUGCGGAGAUGCCUAAAUAUGCAAGGUUCCUGAAGGACUUAAUCACCAACAAAGAGAGGCUAGAGGAGUACUCUGUGGUUGACCUAAAUGAAGAGUGCUCAGCUGUGGUGACAAAGAUGAUGCCGGAAAAGCUCAAGGAUCCAGGUUCUUUCACUAUACCUUGUUCUAUUCAUGAUUAUGUUUUUAAAAUGCAUUAGCUGAUCUAGGAGCCAACAUCAACUUGAUGUCGGCUUCUCUUGUUGAUAAGUUGGGAUUGGGUGGAAUGAAACCCACUAGGAUGUGUCUUCAAUUAGCUGAUCGUUCUAUUAAGUAUCCAAGUGGUAUUAUUGAGGACGUCCUAGUCAGGGUUGGUGAGUUUAUUUAUUUUCCUGUAGACUUUGUCGUUAUGGAUAUAGAGGAGGAUCGUGGUACCCCUCUUAUUUUAGGAUGACCCUUCUUGGCCACUGCUCGUGCUAUUAUUGAUGUGUCUGAUGGGUCAUUGACUUUGAGGAUUGGAGAGGACACUUGUACUUUCCGACUCUCAAAAGUCAUAAACCAUCCUGAGGCACAACCUGAGAGUUGUAAUUUUCUUGGCAUGUAUGAUUGUAUUGAUGAUUAUUUAUUUGGGGGCCAGAGUAAUUAUUCUAAUGACACUGCAUGUGGUGAGGUCUUAAGUGUGGGGAUGUGUGAUGAUGAAAUGUUAUCUCAUGAACUUAAAUGCUCUGUUGAUGAUUUGCUAGGAGAAGCCUCUCAAGAGGUUGUACGUUAUAAGGAAUAAUUGUAAUUAGAUUUUGACGAUGAUAUAUUAAUUAGGACUUUAGAGUACCCCCGUUAGAAAAUUGUAUUAGAAAUUUUCUUUGUAAAUGUUUUAGUACAGUCGACUGACAGAAGACCUCCAGACACAAGCUCUUUUGACCCUCUGGUGAACUCCUUCUAGCAGAAGACCUCCUGGUUCUCUGUUGGACUUCACUAGAUCAGAAGUACUCGAGGCCCUCUGUUAGCCACUACCUUGACAGAAGGACUAGGGACCCUCUGGUAGCUUACUCCAAUAGAAGUGCUCGAGACCUUCUCUGGUUGAUUCUCUGCUAAAGAUACCAGAAGGCCUGACACUUAGAGAAUUUCCAUGGUCUAUCUAAGCCGGUGAUUUCAACGGAAGAUUCGUUCAACGGUUAGAAGACUUGAACGGAAAAGCUACAGUACGCGCAUUAAAUGCUCAUUUAAUGCACCCCGUACGUUGAAGAGUAAAAGCUGAUGAUUGGCCGAAUUUUCAGGAUAAGUUUAUCCCAAAAUAGAAACUCGUCAACCUUACCAGGUCCUACUGGUCAAGUCAACUGUACGUGCAUUUAAUGCAGUUGUCCUCCUCCUCUAACGGGAAGACAACCUCAGUAUAAAAGAUACUUCGUGAAGAACAACCGGAUAACUUUGCAAGAAUCUUUGCUCAACCUUAGCUCUAACAUCAAGAUUCAAACUCAAAAGCUUUCUUGAGACCAAAACUUCACCUACAUCAACAAGAAAGGCUUACGUUGGAAAGAUUAUAUUUUCACAUCUCUAUACUCCAACAACAGCAAAGUUCCAACUGUUCUUCAACACUUCAAGCACUUCAUCUACACAUCUUUUGUGACGAAGUAAGUUGGAGAAACCCAUGUUCUUUCUAAGAACUCUUCUUUAACAAGAAGGACGUCCAAGUAACUAGAGUAGUGAAGUGGUGAUACUUCAAGGAAGCUCAGAGAAAGGACCAGUCUUAAAAGAAGCAAGGAAGUGCAUCACAGGAGACAUCUAGACUUGAAGAAGACGUGGAUAGCUUCUUAAGUGCUAGGACUAAGGAUUUGUAAUUGGAGUUUUUACAGGCUUAGUGGAACAGUGGAUUAGAGGAACGAGUUGUUCCUUGAACCACUAUAAAAAUUCCUAGUGUCAUUUAAUUACUGCAUUGAAUUCUCGUAUUUACUUUAAAUUGUUUAACUCCAGAAAUCUGGUCUCUGUGUUCAGCAGAACCUGUCUUGUGAGUUAACACAAAGCCUAUUUCCUUUGCAUCUCUUAUAGGCUAACCGGACAUACCCGAUCAGGUACCUUGUACAUACCCGAUCGGGUACCCGAGCUGCAUCCCAAGAGCCUAUAAAUACACCCCCUUUCCUUCACAAUUAAAACCAAUUCCUUUAUACUUCUAAGCUCAGUCUAGAAUAGUUCUUUCUUUAUAUUUUCAUCAUGUUUACUCUCCAAAUGAGGAGCUAAAUUCUUCUAUCUUGGUUUUGCUACUUUGAACCUUAAUGAAUUUGUAUGUUGUGAGUUAUUUUCUUUAAUCUUCUUCCUUGAGAAUUAAUUUUUCCUUUAAAAUACUAUUUCUAUAUCAAAGUUGGGGAGUGUUACUAAGAUGACAAUUAGUUAACAUCUUGACAUUGGUUAUAGUAAUAGUUAUUUCUUCCUCUAUAUUAAUAUUGGGGAGUGUUACUAAGAUGACAAUUAGUUAACAUCUUGAUAUUAACUAUAGUAGGAUUCAUAUUCCUUAAUAUUCUUCCUUGAGUAUUAAUUAAUUCCUAUUCAUAUUUCAUGUUAAUAUUUUGAACAUUACUUAAAAGAUUAACUCGUUUUGUUUCAUAUAUUAAUUAUUACUAGAAUCAAUCGAUUAAUACGUUUGUUAUUAAUUCGAUUCAUUCAACGUUAGUAAACUUGGAUUACUAAUGCAUGCAUCUCAUGAUUAAUACACCAAGGGGAAUUAAUUAUAUUGAUUAAACCAAUAAACCGCUUGUGUUGAGGUUAUCAAUCUCAAUCGUUUUCAUCUUAAGCUUAUUGCUACUAUCGAAUUAAUAUACGGCGCUUGUUCUAUGUUGACUCGAUAGUAAGUUUUAUUAAUGAACACAUCUCGUUAUUAAUAAUUGCCCUCGAUGAACUGGAUAUACUCCUCGAUUGAGUAUUCGAGAGGAAGAUAGUUAAAGAUAUAACCGGGAUCGACGAACAUUUCAUUAAGUGGAUAAAAGCAAAACCAAGUCCGCAUCUCUAUUAUUAAAUUAAAUCAAAUCAAACUCAAAAAAACCCCUUUCGUUACUGUUAUUAUAAAAGAUAAAUAUUCCUUACUUCGUUAUACUACGUAUAUUCGUGGUAUUGUAUUUAUUUUGAGUGCACCUCACGACAAGUGCACGUCAAAUUUGGCGUCGUUGCCGGGGAAAAGCAAUAAUUUUUCUUUUAUUGUAUUUCAAGAAAAAUAAAAAUAAAAAUAAUAAUAAUAAAAUUAUAAAGAGUUCUCAUUCUUCUAUUUCUGAGCUUAGUGAAGUACAUGGUUAAACACUGUUCCAUAAACGAAGUCACAUAUCAAACAAACCCAGAAAUAGAACAAACCUUCGAGCGGUUGAGAAGUAAAUUUUCUAAUACCGACUUGGAGGAAUCAUCUAUCAGAGAUUCUUCCAGCGCUAGUUCUCAUUCUAGCGAGACCGAAGAGCCAAUAACCAUGGCUCUAAAGACAAGAACACUACGGGAGCUCACUGCUCCAGAUCUCAAUCAACAACCAUUGUGUAUUACCUUCCCUACACUCGAUGAAGGUAAUACAUUGAGCUAAAAUCUAGGCUCAUACAUCUACUUCCAUCCUUUCACGGCCUAAGAGGAGAAGAUCCGAACAAACACCUUUCGGAGUUCCAUAUUGUGUGCACAAGCAUGUUCCCCAACGGUGUCUCGGAAGAACAAAUCAAAUUGAGGGCUUUUCCAUUCUCCCUCAAAGACACUGCAAAGGAUUGGCUAUUCUAUCUUCCUUCGGGAAGUAUAGACACAUGGGCGGUAAAGAAAAAAUGCUUCUUGGAUAGGUACUAUCCCGCCUCCAUCUCAUCUUCUUUAAAAACACAAAUAAGCAACAUUGAGCAAAAAGAAGAUGAAACAUUGUAUGAAUAUUGGGAGCGUUUCAAAAAGUUGUAUGCUAGUUGCUCAUAUCAUGGGUACACAGAGCAAGACCUCAUCCUCUAUUUUUUAUGAUGGUCUUGCGGAUCAAGAUAGGCGCAUGGUGAAUGUGGCAUGUGGAGGGGGAAUGGUUAACAAAACCCCUUUUCAAGCAAGGAAUCUCAUCUCAGAGUUGGCCGAGAACUCCAGACAUCAUAGUGGGCGAUCCUCAACUCGAAAGGUUGCCGCAGCAGAAUCCAACACCUCGUUGGAAAACCAAGUUGCUGGUUUGACAUCUCUGGUCAAAGAACUUCUUCUAAAGCCAAAGACUCAGGAAGUGAAAACUUGUGGCAUUUGCACAUCAAUCGGGCACCCCACUGAUUCGUGUCCAUCACUCCAAGAAGAACAAGUCAACGCCUUGGGUUUCCAAGGCCAUCAACAAAGGAGGUAUGAUCCAUUCUCAAACUCUUACAACCCUGGAUUGAGGGAUCGUCCAAACUUGAGGUAUGGAAACCCUCAACAAUCCAAUACAUCUUAUCAAUCUAAUAUGUCAACUGAUGACAUGAUCCGGACUUGGACCUCAAACAUGGUCACCAUGCAACAAAACAUGGGACAAUUUCAACAAACCAUGAUGUAAUUUCAACAUGAGACAAGGUCAAGCAUUAACAAUUUGGAAACUCAAGUUAGCCAAAUUGCAAAUGCCGUGAACCGACUAGAAACGAAGGAUUCAGGUAAACUCCCAUCUUAAACGGAGCAAAACCCGAGACAACAUGUGAAUGCUAUCAUGUUGAGAAGUGGGUCGACAUUGAAAGAGGUAGAGAAGAAUGAUAGAGAGAUUGAGGAGGUGGACCCUGAAGAAGAAGUUUAGCCGGAGGAGGGGAUCACAUAAACCAAGAUCCCUCCACUUUCAUCAUAUGAACCAGUAACCCCGUUUCCUGAGGCGCUGAGGGAGACAAGGAAGCUAGAGAAAGAUGCUAACAUCUAUGAAACUUUCGCCAAGUGUGAGGUAAAUAUUCCACUUCUUAACUCAAUGAAAAGUGUUCCUCGAUUCGCUAAAUUUUUAAAAGAAUUAUGCAUAAUCAAGAGGACACCACAUUCAAAGGGGAAACAACCAAGUGAAAUUAGUGAACAUGUCUCGACAGUUUUUGAAAAGAACUUCCCAAAAAAUGUGUUGACCCGGGCAUGUUCACUAUACCAUGCAAGCUAGGAAACACCAACUCUAGGGCAAUGUUAGACUUAGGGGCAUCAAUUAACGUGAUCCCCUAUACUCUGUAUAAUUCUUUGAACAUUGGCCCUUUAAAUAAAACAAGCAUCAUAAUUCAACUUGCUCAUAGAUCAACUGUUUCCCCGAAAGGGGUAGUGGAAGAUGUACUGGUUUCGGUAGGUGAUGUAGUGUUUCCUGUCGAUUUCUACGUGCUUGAAAUGGAGAGUGAUGAACACAAAGUCCCCAUUUUGUUGGGGAGACCAUUUUUAAAAACUGCUAAUUCAACGAUUGAUGUUUCUUGCGGACUUUUAACUAUGGAAUUUGAUGGAAGGAAAAUAGAAUAUAACAUUUAUAAUUCUAUUAAAACUCACUCUCCCGUUAGAGAAUCAAUUUUGAGCAUUGAGGAAUCACUAGAUAAACCACUGACGGUUGAGGUAGUAGCAAGAAAGAAACCUCGGCCUUACUGGAAAAGACUGAAAAAUAAAAUUGAAAAAUGGCUAAAUAGGGCCUCAAAAAAUAAAACAAGGGAUGAUCACGAUCCCACAUUAAAAAAAAUGAAUAACGUCGUGCCGCGACGUUAACUAAGGCGCUUCUUGGGAGGCAACCCAAGUUUUAUUUUUAUUUUUCGUUAUUUCGAGUGUUUAAAGUUCAAUUUUUUUUAAUUAUUUGAGAGAUCAGUGAGAGAGGGAACUAACCGCUUGUUUGAAGGGAAAGAAAUUACAGGUUUAGAAGUAUUUGGGGACAUACCCGAUCGAGUACCACCUUAUAUUCGGUCGGGUAUUGCUUAAAAAGAGAUACCGAGGCACUACUCGAUCGAAGGAGUAUAAUUUUUCAAGAAUGCAUGCAUACUCGAUCGGGUACAAUUACAUACCCGGUCGAGUACUCAUAGAAAGGUGAAGCCAAAGGGAACCUGCUCCCAGCACUCGACCGAGUACAGGGCUCAAAAUGUGGAAAAAGAAACAUACCCGAUCGGGUAUGACUCUACACCCGGUCGGGUAUUGCUGGAAAUUCAAAAAACCAAACAAACUGUCUCUAGUACCCGAUCGGGUAUGGCAAGAUACACGGUCCAGUAUGGUUGGAAAACUGAAAUCCUGAACAAACUGUCCCCCAUACCCGAUCGGGUAUAUCACCAUACUCGAUCGGGUAUACGUGCGUUUUAACCCCAACGCAGGCCAAAUCACUUCAUCUUCCCCAAAUUCCAAACCCAAAAUUCGAACCCCUCUCCCCCAACCUCUAUUUUCGGACCUUCUCACUACCAUAUCUCACCCAUUUCUCCAUCAAAUCACCUCAUUCCACCACCAAAAGACUCCCCUCACUCUCCUCUACACACCCAUACCCACAAAAUCCAAGUUCUCCUCAAAAAUCCCACAGUCCGAAAACCCUACCCCAUCUUUGGAUUUUCUAAAUUUCAAGCUCCAAUUUCCAAAAAUGGCACCAAGGAAGGACAAAGGGCAGAGCUCCAGGGCUAUGGAACCCAUCCCGGGCUACGAGAAUCUCAUUUUCGCCGACAAUGAACACCGAGAUUGGUUCAUUGCUACAAUUACAAGGCAAGUAAAACCUUCUCGUUUCUUAUGCCAUAAUGCUCUCCGUGAACUAGGCAUUUACAGUAGUACCAAGCAAUUCUUUCAUGAGUUGGACAUGAACCGCAUUUUCAAAAUGAAAUACAACUCUAACAAAAGAAUCAUCUAUGAAUUCAUGAGCUUGGUGAAGUUUGAAAAUGAUGAGGCGGAUUUUAGGGACGACAAACUCACAUUUCGUUUGUUUAACCACACCUAUUCAAUAACGAAACAUGAGUUUGCCGAACAUUUUGGCAUCCCCGUCCCCUACGAAAAAGCCAUCUCCGACAACACUAUUUUUGGUCAUUCACUGUGGACCAAGAUGACCGGAGAAGUUACGUUUAGCUCCUCCCAAUUGUAUAUUAGUCAUGUCCAACACCCCGUCCUCCGAUUGUUCUUGAAGGUUUUAGCAAACAGUUUGCUUGGGCGCCCCAACAAUCACCACACGAGGAUGGGGGAUGUGUGCUUGAUGUCGGUGGCCCUAUUCCGUCGUCAUGUGGACUUUAACCUGUGCAAUCUCAUGUGGGCACAUUUAAAAAAGGAAAGCAUCACGAAGGGGGCAAUUGUCUUGGGUGGGGUGGUUAUGCACUUGGCAAGUAGGUUCGGGUAUACGGACAACUCCCCUAUACCCGAUUAUUGUUUGAUGGACAUGGCUUGGUUAGGCCAUUCGGGAUGCACAACUUUCUCCCACACGGUCUAUGGUGGUGACCAACCGAAGAACAUGUAUAACUGGCUCAUACACCCCAAGCCUAUCAAACAUUUCCUCAUGCCUAGCCCAGACCUUCCCAAACUACUCUACAAGUUAGAGGUAGAGGUACCCCAUUACCUAUUCCCACACGCCCUUCCACCACACCUCCAAGAACCGGAACAAGAGCCACUCCAAUACCAACCCGAGUACGAGCCUUAUGCCGGACCCCAUGGUCAUGAAGACAUGGACGCAGACAUCCCCGAGCAACCUCAAAACCCUCCACCACCCAACUUCUUCCAACAACUUUUGGAGGGUCAACAACUACUUGCGGGGUACAACCAAAUGAACACAAACUACACGGCCAUGGGAGAACGGCUCAACCAAAUGCAGGAGGAGCAAAGGGCAUGCUUUCAAUGGAUGGAGGAGCUCCGGGAAGCCGACAGUCAUCGAUAUGAAGAGGAUCAACGUAGGUUCAACGGACCUAUGUAUUCUUACAUCGCCCAUCAGGGAUCCUUUCAGACUAUGGCGAACCCCCUUCCAACACCCUCGUGGUAUGACCCCACUCAUUGAGGUAACUUUGGAGGAUCUAGCUCCGGGGGUGGAGGGUAUGAUGGAGGAGAUGGCGGGGAUGGCGGCACCGGUGGCGGAUUUGAUAGCAGCUUUGUAGGCGGUUUCGGAGGCAACUUCUAUGGCGGAGAAGGCGAGCACUAGGGACAAUGCUUGGACCAAGUGUGGGGGAGAUACUCAUCAUGGUAUGUAAUUUUUAAUACCUUUCACUAUGCAUGAAUUUCUUUUACCCUUUUUGCACACAAAAAAGGGAAUAAAUAAAAGAAAAGAAAUGCUAGUUAGGUUGAAAACCCAACAAAAUGGGCAAUCUAAGCAAAAAAGGCUUAUAAAAAAAUGAGUGAGUUGGGGAGAAUGGAAAAUGAAAAGAGAUGCUAGGAUGAAAACCUGAAAAGACUCCUAGGCAAAAUGAGAGAUAUGAGAGAAAUAUUUGUUUUUGCAGGCACUCAUUUAAUCUCUUUGGAGGAAAAGAAGAUUCAAGAAGAAGAAGAAGAAGAAGAAGAAGAAGAGGGGAGGAGAAGAGAAGAUGAGCACUAGAAGGUCAUAAAACCCAAGAUGAUAUUUGUAAUUUGAGCUUAAAACUCAUAUUUUAUCCUUGGUGGUCUUUGUGUGUUUAUCUUGUUAAAAAAUUGUUGAAACUUUGGAAGAUUUAAACACUUGUGAACAUUUGACUUUACUCGAGGACGAGUAAAGAAACUAAGUGUGUGGAAGUUGAUAAUCAUGUAAUUUCCAUGUGCCUAUUGCUACUAUCGAAUUAAUAUACGGCGCUUGUUCUAUGUUGACUCGAUAGUAAGUUUUAUUAAUGAACACAUCUCGUUAUUAAUAAUUGCCCUCGAUGAACUGGAUAUACUCCUCGAUUGAGUAUUCGAGAGGAAGAUAGUUAAAGAUAUAACCGGGAUCGACGAACAUUUCAUUAAGUGGAUAAAAGCAAAACCAAGUCCGCAUCUCUAUUAUUAAAUUAAAUCAAAUCAAACUCAAAAAAACCCCUUUCGUUACUGUUAUUAUAAAAGAUAAAUAUUCCUUACUUCGUUAUACUACGUAUAUUCGUGGUAUUGUAUUUAUUUUGAGUGCACCUCACGACAAGUGCACGUCAAAUUUGGCGUCGUUGCCGGGGAAAAGCAAUAAUUUUUCUUUUAUUGUAUUUCAAGAAAAAUAAAAAUAAAAAUAAUAAUAAUAAAAUUAUAAAGAGUUCUCAUUCUUCUAUUUCUGAGCUUAGUGAAGUAUAUGGUUAAACACUGUUCCAUAAACGAAGUCACAUAUCAAACAAACCCAGAAAUAGAACAAACCUUCGAGCGGUUGAGAAGUAAAUUUUCUAAUACCGACUUGGAGGAAUCAUCUAUCAGAGAUUCUUCCAGCGCUAGUUCUCAUUCUAGCGAGACCGAAGAGCCAAUAACCAUGGCUCUAAAGACAAGAACACUACGGGAGCUCACUGCUCCAGAUCUCAAUCAACAACCAUUGUGUAUUACCUUCCCUACACUCGAUGAAGGUAAUACAUUGAGCUAAAAUCUAGGCUCAUACAUCUACUUCCAUCCUUUCACGGCCUAAGAGGAGAAGAUCCGAACAAACACCUUUCGGAGUUCCAUAUUGUGUGCACAAGCAUGUUCCCCAACGGUGUCUCGGAAGAACAAAUCAAAUUGAGGGCUUUUCCAUUCUCCCUCAAAGACACUGCAAAGGAUUGGCUAUUCUAUCUUCCUUCGGGAAGUAUAGACACAUGGGCGGUAAAGAAAAAAUGCUUCUUGGAUAGGUACUAUCCCGCCUCCAUCUCAUCUUCUUUAAAAACACAAAUAAGCAACAUUGAGCAAAAAGAAGAUGAAACAUUGUAUGAAUAUUGGGAGCGUUUCAAAAAGUUGUAUGCUAGUUGCUCAUAUCAUGGGUACACAGAGCAAGACCUCAUCCUCUAUUUUUUAUGAUGGUCUUGCGGAUCAAGAUAGGCGCAUGGUGAAUGUGGCAUGUGGAGGGGGAAUGGUUAACAAAACCCCUUUUCAAGCAAGGAAUCUCAUCUCAGAGUUGGCCGAGAACUCCAGACAUCAUAGUGGGCGAUCCUCAACUCGAAAGGUUGCCGCAGCAGAAUCCAACACCUCGUUGGAAAACCAAGUUGCUGGUUUGACAUCUCUGGUCAAAGAACUUCUUCUAAAGCCAAAGACUCAGGAAGUGAAAACUUGUGGCAUUUGCACAUCAAUCGGGCACCCCACUGAUUCGUGUCCAUCACUCCAAGAAGAACAAGUCAACGCCUUGGGUUUCCAAGGCCAUCAACAAAGGAGGUAUGAUCCAUUCUCAAACUCUUACAACCCUGGAUUGAGGGAUCGUCCAAACUUGAGGUAUGGAAACCCUCAACAAUCCAAUACAUCUUAUCAAUCUAAUAUGUCAACUGAUGACAUGAUCCGGACUUGGACCUCAAACAUGGUCACCAUGCAACAAAACAUGGGACAAUUUCAACAAACCAUGAUGUAAUUUCAACAUGAGACAAGGUCAAGCAUUAACAAUUUGGAAACUCAAGUUAGCCAAAUUGCAAAUGCCGUGAACCGACUAGAAACGAAGGAUUCAGGUAAACUCCCAUCUUAAACGGAGCAAAACCCGAGACAACAUGUGAAUGCUAUCAUGUUGAGAAGUGGGUCGACAUUGAAAGAGGUAGAGAAGAAUGAUAGAGAGAUUGAGGAGGUGGACCCUGAAGAAGAAGUUUAGCCGGAGGAGGGGAUCACAUAAACCAAGAUCCCUCCACUUUCAUCAUAUGAACCAGUAACCCCGUUUCCUGAGGCGCUGAGGGAGACAAGGAAGCUAGAGAAAGAUGCUAACAUCUAUGAAACUUUCGCCAAGUGUGAGGUAAAUAUUCCACUUCUUAACUCAAUGAAAAGUGUUCCUCGAUUCGCUAAAUUUUUAAAAGAAUUAUGCAUAAUCAAGAGGACACCACAUUCAAAGGGGAAACAACCAAGUGAAAUUAGUGAACAUGUCUCGACAGUUUUUGAAAAGAACUUCCCAAAAAAUGUGUUGACCCGGGCAUGUUCACUAUACCAUGCAAGCUAGGAAACACCAACUCUAGGGCAAUGUUAGACUUAGGGGCAUCAAUUAACGUGAUCCCCUAUACUCUGUAUAAUUCUUUGAACAUUGGCCCUUUAAAUAAAACAAGCAUCAUAAUUCAACUUGCUCAUAGAUCAACUGUUUCCCCGAAAGGGGUAGUGGAAGAUGUACUGGUUUCGGUAGGUGAUGUAGUGUUUCCUGUCGAUUUCUACGUGCUUGAAAUGGAGAGUGAUGAACACAAAGUCCCCAUUUUGUUGGGGAGACCAUUUUUAAAAACUGCUAAUUCAACGAUUGAUGUUUCUUGCGGACUUUUAACUAUGGAAUUUGAUGGAAGGAAAAUAGAAUAUAACAUUUAUAAUUCUAUUAAAACUCACUCUCCCGUUAGAGAAUCAAUUUUGAGCAUUGAGGAAUCACUAGAUAAACCACUGACGGUUGAGGUAGUAGCAAGAAAGAAACCUCGGCCUUACUGGAAAAGACUGAAAAAUAAAAUUGAAAAAUGGCUAAAUAGGGCCUCAAAAAAUAAAACAAGGGAUGAUCACGAUCCCACAUUAAAAAAAAUGAAUAACGUCGUGCCGCGACGUUAACUAAGGCGCUUCUUGGGAGGCAACCCAAGUUUUAUUUUUAUUUUUCGUUAUUUCGAGUGUUUAAAGUUCAAUUUUUUUUAAUUAUUUGAGAGAUCAGUGAGAGAGGGAACUAACCGCUUGUUUGAAGGGAAAGAAAUUACAGGUUUAGAAGUAUUUGGGGACAUACCCGAUCGAGUACCACCUUAUAUUCGGUCGGGUAUUGCUUAAAAAGAGAUACCGAGGCACUACUCGAUCGAAGGAGUAUAAUUUUUCAAGAAUGCAUGCAUACUCGAUCGGGUACAAUUACAUACCCGGUCGAGUACUCAUAGAAAGGUGAAGCCAAAGGGAACCUGCUCCCAGCACUCGACCGAGUACAGGGCUCAAAAUGUGGAAAAAGAAACAUACCCGAUCGGGUAUGACUCUACACCCGGUCGGGUAUUGCUGGAAAUUCAAAAAACCAAACAAACUGUCUCUAGUACCCGAUCGGGUAUGGCAAGAUACACGGUCCAGUAUGGUUGGAAAACUGAAAUCCUGAACAAACUGUCCCCCAUACCCGAUCGGGUAUAUCACCAUACUCGAUCGGGUAUACGUGCGUUUUAACCCCAACGCAGGCCAAAUCACUUCAUCUUCCCCAAAUUCCAAACCCAAAAUUCGAACCCCUCUCCCCCAACCUCUAUUUUCGGACCUUCUCACUACCAUAUCUCACCCAUUUCUCCAUCAAAUCACCUCAUUCCACCACCAAAAGACUCCCCUCACUCUCCUCUACACACCCAUACCCACAAAAUCCAAGUUCUCCUCAAAAAUCCCACAGUCCGAAAACCCUACCCCAUCUUUGGAUUUUCUAAAUUUCAAGCUCCAAUUUCCAAAAAUGGCACCAAGGAAGGACAAAGGGCAGAGCUCCAGGGCUAUGGAACCCAUCCCGGGCUACGAGAAUCUCAUUUUCGCCGACAAUGAACACCGAGAUUGGUUCAUUGCUACAAUUACAAGGCAAGUAAAACCUUCUCGUUUCUUAUGCCAUAAUGCUCUCCGUGAACUAGGCAUUUACAGUAGUACCAAGCAAUUCUUUCAUGAGUUGGACAUGAACCGCAUUUUCAAAAUGAAAUACAACUCUAACAAAAGAAUCAUCUAUGAAUUCAUGAGCUUGGUGAAGUUUGAAAAUGAUGAGGCGGAUUUUAGGGACGACAAACUCACAUUUCGUUUGUUUAACCACACCUAUUCAAUAACGAAACAUGAGUUUGCCGAACAUUUUGGCAUCCCCGUCCCCUACGAAAAAGCCAUCUCCGACAACACUAUUUUUGGUCAUUCACUGUGGACCAAGAUGACCGGAGAAGUUACGUUUAGCUCCUCCCAAUUGUAUAUUAGUCAUGUCCAACACCCCGUCCUCCGAUUGUUCUUGAAGGUUUUAGCAAACAGUUUGCUUGGGCGCCCCAACAAUCACCACACGAGGAUGGGGGAUGUGUGCUUGAUGUCGGUGGCCCUAUUCCGUCGUCAUGUGGACUUUAACCUGUGCAAUCUCAUGUGGGCACAUUUAAAAAAGGAAAGCAUCACGAAGGGGGCAAUUGUCUUGGGUGGGGUGGUUAUGCACUUGGCAAGUAGGUUCGGGUAUACGGACAACUCCCCUAUACCCGAUUAUUGUUUGAUGGACAUGGCUUGGUUAGGCCAUUCGGGAUGCACAACUUUCUCCCACACGGUCUAUGGUGGUGACCAACCGAAGAACAUGUAUAACUGGCUCAUACACCCCAAGCCUAUCAAACAUUUCCUCAUGCCUAGCCCAGACCUUCCCAAACUACUCUACAAGUUAGAGGUAGAGGUACCCCAUUACCUAUUCCCACACGCCCUUCCACCACACCUCCAAGAACCGGAACAAGAGCCACUCCAAUACCAACCCGAGUACGAGCCUUAUGCCGGACCCCAUGGUCAUGAAGACAUGGACGCAGACAUCCCCGAGCAACCUCAAAACCCUCCACCACCCAACUUCUUCCAACAACUUUUGGAGGGUCAACAACUACUUGCGGGGUACAACCAAAUGAACACAAACUACACGGCCAUGGGAGAACGGCUCAACCAAAUGCAGGAGGAGCAAAGGGCAUGCUUUCAAUGGAUGGAGGAGCUCCGGGAAGCCGACAGUCAUCGAUAUGAAGAGGAUCAACGUAGGUUCAACGGACCUAUGUAUUCUUACAUCGCCCAUCAGGGAUCCUUUCAGACUAUGGCGAACCCCCUUCCAACACCCUCGUGGUAUGACCCCACUCAUUGAGGUAACUUUGGAGGAUCUAGCUCCGGGGGUGGAGGGUAUGAUGGAGGAGAUGGCGGGGAUGGCGGCACCGGUGGCGGAUUUGAUAGCAGCUUUGUAGGCGGUUUCGGAGGCAACUUCUAUGGCGGAGAAGGCGAGCACUAGGGACAAUGCUUGGACCAAGUGUGGGGGAGAUACUCAUCAUGGUAUGUAAUUUUUAAUACCUUUCACUAUGCAUGAAUUUCUUUUACCCUUUUUGCACACAAAAAAGGGAAUAAAUAAAAGAAAAGAAAUGCUAGUUAGGUUGAAAACCCAACAAAAUGGGCAAUCUAAGCAAAAAAGGCUUAUAAAAAAAUGAGUGAGUUGGGGAGAAUGGAAAAUGAAAAGAGAUGCUAGGAUGAAAACCUGAAAAGACUCCUAGGCAAAAUGAGAGAUAUGAGAGAAAUAUUUGUUUUUGCAGGCACUCAUUUAAUCUCUUUGGAGGAAAAGAAGAUUCAAGAAGAAGAAGAAGAAGAAGAAGAGGGGAGGAGAAGAGAAGAUGAGCACUAGAAGGUCAUAAAACCCAAGAUGAUAUUUGUAAUUUGAGCUUAAAACUCAUAUUUUAUCCUUGGUGGUCUUUGUGUGUUUAUCUUGUUAAAAAAUUGUUGAAACUUUGGAAGAUUUAAACACUUGUGAACAUUUGACUUUACUCGAGGACGAGUAAAGAAACUAAGUGUGUGGAAGUUGAUAAUCAUGUAAUUUCCAUGUGCAUGUUUGUAUUUUUAAUCAGUUUUGAGUGAUUUUUACUUUGGAAAUUACACACUUUUGGUGUAAUAGUUUAGUUUGUUAAAUUCUUGUAAAUUGUUUAGAUUAGGUUUAUUGUGAGCUCAAACAGGUCUUGAUCAACUCAAAGGACAGUUGGUGAACCCCAAAAGUUUAAGGAAGGUGCAAAAAAAAAAAAAAAGAUCCUGAUUUUUGGUCUAUACCCGGUCGAGUAUGACCUAUACUCGAUCGGGUAUCUUGUUGAAAUUUCAAAUCGGAUCAGAUCCGAGGACAAAGGAACAUGCAUGGAAGAUUUUGACCAUGAUCGAGUGUCUAUACCCGAUCAGGUAGACC